GAAGGACUCCUUAUUUUCUUUUUUUUGUCUACUUUCCUUUUAGAUUCCCAUUUUCCAAACCCUGUAACGGUUGUAAAAACCAUUGGAUAUAGCCGUUACAUUACACUUUCUUUCUCUCUCUACCACUUUAAAAACCCAGCUUUUCCAUUACCCAGAAAAUACCCAAAAAUAAUUUCUUUCAUUAUCUCUUUCCAUCAUUCCCAGUCAGCAGCACUCUGUACUUAACAUAACUCUAUGGCGGCUAAAGAAGCUCUGUUUCUUUUCCUACUGCUCUUGUCCUUCACUCCAGAAACUAUCCUUUUGGUACAUGGAAACCAGAAAACUUGGUGUGUGGCCAAACCUUCAUCAGAUCAAGCAACACUUUUAGCAAACAUCAAUUAUGCAUGCUCUCAGGUGGAUUGCCGGGUUAUGCAAAAAGGGUGUCCAUGUUCUUCACCUGAAACUCUCAUAAACCGUGCUUCUAUAGCCAUGAAUCUCUAUUACCAGUCCAGAGGAAAAAACCACUGGAACUGUGAUUUCAGAAACUCUGGCCUCAUUGUCGUCACUGAUCCAAGUUAUGGAGACUGCAUUUAUGCUUGAUAUUUUGUACAGGGGAGUGCAUGUGCUUGUUUUUGGAAAGAAAGUUUUUUUUCUUUUUUUCUUUUUUAAAUUAAAAAUUGGCUUGCAAUUUAUCUCCUAAUUCACUAGUGGCCCUACUAGUACUAGAUAUGCAAAUAUUGCAAGACAAGCGCUAUUGUAAAAUUCCUGUUUAGUUUAGUUUUAUUUAAAAUUCCUGAUAAUGUCCUUUGCUUUCUUAACAAUAUUUUAAAUUUAUUUUCCUUUUUUCCAAAAAAGAAAAACAAAGAAGCUGCUUGACAUAGCAAAGGGGAAAUUUUGGUGAGAUAGUUUAAAGUUUAAACUUAGCACUUAAUAAGCCACUUUCUCCCUGCAAGUAUGGAUGGCCAAUUGUUUAGUAGAAUCAUUAAUAUUGUGCUUCAGAUGAUUUAAGGGUUUUUUCCCCCUUUUUUUUUUUUUUUAAAUAAUACAACCUGAGGAAUUUUCAUUUAGAUAAAGUUUUGAAUGUUAUAACUAUAUAUGUUUAGUGGUUUUACCAUUUCACUAAAUCUAAAAGUGCUCAUAUAAUAUAAUGUUUAGUUUAGCAAAAUAUUGGGCUUCUUUGCUUUUGUCAUCCCCAAAGACACUUGCUUAGGCGUAUUUUGUAUAUUUGUAAAAUAGCGAUUGUGGUUUUGCGAGCCCAAACAAAAUUCAGAAGUUAUUAUUAUAUUUCGUUAACAGCCCAUUGACAUUUUUUUUUUUUUUUUUGGGUGGAAUAAUAGAAACCUCACUUGUAGAUGUUUGAUAAAGUCCCACAUAGCUUUAAAAAGAGCCAUUAAUAUGGUCUAAAACCCUUUCCUAAAAAUUCAUGAAAGAUAGGCUUUUGAAGAGUUUAAGGGCCCCUAAUGAUGUGGACCUAUUCCACAAACAAAUAAAUAAAUAUGUAUAGACUUUCUUUAUGUGUAUAUAUUUAAAGACUGGCCUUUGCCUUAUUAUUAUU